GAUGUCAGGGCUUGAAUGACUAAUCCCUUUGUGUUCACUCAACCAUGCAGCUACUAUAAGUUACACCCUCUGGUCACAGGCUACCUAGCACUGAAUUUGCAAUUCAAUUACCUUCUUCCUCUUAUCAACAACUCCAACCACACCACUUCCAUGGCUGCCUCCGUCUCCACUGUCGGAGCUGUCAACAGAACCCUUUUGAACCUGAAUGGAGCUGGAGCUGGUGCCUCAGCUCCCAGUUCAGCCUUCUUUGGAAGCAGCUUGAAGAAGGUUAUUGCCUCAAGGGUCCCCAACACCAAGGUUUCCUCUGGAAACUUCAAAAUUGUUGCUGCAGAGAAAGAGAUUGAGGAGACCCAGCAGACCGAUAAGGACAGGUGGAGGGGUCUGGCCUACGAUAUUUCAGAUGACCAGCAAGACAUCACAAGGGGGAAGGGUAUGGUUGAUUCCCUUUUCCAAGCUCCAAUGGAAGCUGGAACUCACUAUGCAGUCAUGAGCUCCUACGAGUACCUUAGCACUGGACUUCGCCAGUACAACUUGGACAACAGCAUCGAUGGAUUUUACAUUGCUCCAGCUUUUAUGGACAAGCUUGUUGUUCACAUCACCAAGAACUUCAUGAGCCUUCCCAACAUCAAGAUUCCUCUCAUUCUUGGUAUCUGGGGAGGCAAGGGACAAGGAAAAUCUUUCCAAUGUGAGCUUGUCUUUGCCAAGAUGGGAAUUAACCCCAUCAUGAUGAGUGCUGGAGAGUUGGAAAGUGGAAACGCAGGAGAGCCAGCAAAAUUGAUCAGACAGAGAUACCGUGAAGCUGCAGACAUGAUCAAGAAGGGAAAGAUGUGCGCCCUCUUCAUCAACGAUCUUGAUGCAGGAGCUGGUCGUCUUGGUGGAACCACCCAAUACACUGUGAACAACCAGAUGGUGAAUGCCACCCUCAUGAACAUUGCUGACAACCCCACAAAUGUGCAGCUUCCUGGUAUGUACAACAAGGAAGAUAACCCCCGUGUGCCCAUCGUUGUCACCGGUAACGAUUUCUCAACAUUGUAUGCUCCUCUCAUCCGUGAUGGACGUAUGGAGAAGUUCUACUGGGCACCAACAAGGGAAGACCGUAUUGGUGUUUGCACCGGAAUUUUCCGCACUGAUGGUGUCGCGGAACAGGACGUUGUCAAGCUUGUUGACACCUUCCCUGGCCAAUCCAUUGAUUUCUUUGGUGCACUGAGGGCCAGAGUGUACGAUGAUGAAGUGAGGAAGUGGAUUUCUGGGGUUGGUGUUGACGGUGUUGGGAAGAAGCUUGUGAACUCAAAAGAAGGGCCUCCAACCUUUGAGCAGCCCAAGAUGAAUCUGGAGACGCUCUUGCAGUAUGGCUACAUGCUUGUCCAGGAACAGGAGAAUGUGAAGAGAGUCCAGUUGGCUGACAAGUACUUGAACGAGGCUGCUCUUGGUAAUGCUAACGAAGAUGCUAUCAAAAGGGGAACUUUCUAGUUUCUUCACUUCAACUUAAGGGUCUGCAUUAAUUGGAGGCAAAGUGGCCCAGCAAGUAAAUAUUUCUGUUCCCCAAGGUUGUACUGGUUCAAGUGCUGGAAGUUGUUAUGGCACUUGCGUGUAACAUUCUUAGCAUUCUCAAUGUGUUAGGUGCAAAGAGAUGAUGCUAAGUUUGAGAUAAUUUUACUAUAUUUUUCAUAUUGGUCUGUCUUCCUGUAUAAUUUUGAGUGUGCACUUAAAUUGAAUUUGGUGCCUUUUCCUUUUCUCCUA